ACUUUAGUGCGAGGAAGAAGUAGAACCAUUCGGAACCAUUCCUUACAAUGAGCAAGUCAAUCAGCCCUGCAGGUCAUGGUCACAAGCGAAAGCACAAGCCUCCCGGUUUAGUAUCACCGGCCCUGACCGUUGAUGCUGGGCUUCCGGGUGGUACACCUGGGACAUCCACAUCUCCUGCUGCUUCUCCGAAACGCCCACGAGCGCUGUCACCAAACAAAACCAAGAAGAGAAGGAUAUCACCGCGAGAGAAAGCAGGCAGUCCAGGUAAAGCUUCAAAAUACCCUCCCAAUCCAAUCCCAUCAGCAAAGUGUGACCCACAAGACAACAGUACCAGUCCAAUGAUACUUGAGAAGCUUUCUGUUCCUUCAGCGGACAGCGCAACUGCAGCUAGCAAACAACCAGAAGAACGUUCACCCACCAUGCCUGUUGCAGAAACAGAAACUGCCAAUCCAUUGGAGAAAGAACCAUUCGAGCAGUACAUGAGUAUCAAUCGCUCACCUGACGAGCAAACUGCCAUGACACAAAAACUAGCUGAAGAAGCGCUCCCUAGUCUUAGCACUAAUUUGGGGCUAACGCAGGAGAAACCUGUGGCGCACGCAGUUGUGGAAGAACCCGUAGUGCAAGCCGUCGUGGAAGUGCAAGCCGCUGUGGAAGAACCAGUAGUGCAAGCCACCAUGGAAGAACCCGCAGUGCAAGCCGACGUGGAAGAACCUGUAGUGCAAGCCGACGUGGAAGAACCUGUAGUGCAAGCUAUCGUGGAAGUCCUUCCCCGCAAAGGAAGGCGUUUUGCUCCACGAUCUUCCAUGAAGAAGCAUGUGUCGGGGUUCCAAAAUACUGGAGCCAAAGAUUUAGUAACAACGCCACAACGAAGGCCCCAGUUUAGCCUGCAGUCACCUGGGAGUAAUUUUCUUAGUCCUGUACCGAUAUGCACUGCUCUGGUGCCGUAUGAGGCCAAAGGAAGCCCACAACAACAGGCUAAUAGCAGCACCGAGGAUAACAAUUUAUCUGACCCAACCAUCGUACCCGGGCAUGGCUACUACCAACGAAUGGCCUUGUUCUGCAGUCAGCUUGCUGGAUUCGUCUUUCUCACCCAACAUAUGGCGGUAAUUUUAACGACACCUUACACGGACCACUGGUGCAAGCCUCCUCCGGAGUUCGCAGACGUAAGCCUUGAUGAGUGGAAGAACAGGAGCAUCCCCCGAGGUCCCGAUGGGGCCCUCAGCCAUUGCUUGGUUUAUGACCCUCCUUUACCAUCUCCAUCCAUGAAUAGGACUACUCGACGCUGCUCUGAGUGGGUGUUUGAUAAGACCGACUAUCGCGAAACACUGCAAAGCCGCUGGGGUCUGGUAUGCGAAUGGAGCAACCUGGUCAUCUUCCAGCAAACGAUCUACAUGAGUGGAGCCAUGGCCGCCGUUCCUGUAGCUGGGAUGGCGUCUGAUCGCAUCGGCAGGAAACCAGUCAUCUUCGUGGCCGUUUUAAUCUUGCUUUUUGCCGGAUUUACGACUUGUUUUACAAAGAGCUUCCACGUCUACCUUGCCGCCCGUUUCCUGGUGUCGGGAGCAACAGCGUCCAUUCGCAUCAUGACAUUUAUCCUAUUAUUCGAAAUUACAACACCAGAGCUCCGCUUGUUCAACUGCACCGUAGUUCAAGCCGGGUUGGUGACUGCCGCGAUAUUUAUGCAUUCUCUGACAAGGUUGCAUCUCAGCAUGAACUGGGUCGAAAUCAUUCUGCUCGUUCCAGCUGCGUGCCUUACCUGUACGGGCUGCAUGCUACAAGAAUCUCCCCGCUGGCUGCUUGCCACGAACGACUACAAAAAGGCAGAGGUCACGCUGACGUGGGCCGCUGCGUUAAAUGGUGUCAGGUGUGAAGAAGCCCAAGUCCGCUGGAAGCGCUUGGUUCAUAGCAUCCGGAUGUCUGAAGAGAUUACUACAACGCCGCUACACGGAGGUGUUCUACAGCUGGUGAGAUCAGAGACGCUAAGGGAACGCACAUUUAUUCUUUUCACCUGUUGGGCAUCCAGCGUUCUCACUUUCUACCAACUGCUCCUCUACAUAAACCAAGAAGCAUCAGUAACUGCGCAAUUCCUGAGCAUCCUGGCACAAGUUCCUGCUCUAGCGAUUUCCUUCCUACUAAUGGACAAAGCGGGACGACGUCAGCCAUUUUUCGUCUCCUUGACGACCAGCGGAUUGCUCAUGGCCAUCCUGUUAUUGCUUUCACUUUCGCAUAUGAAGGGAUUACCUUUGGACAUCGUCAUCAUAGCGACGAACCUAGUCGUCAACGUGGUGACGUCAAUAAUCUAUGUUUACACUCUAGAACUCUACCCCACGACGCUGCGGAGUGCAGGGGUAUCUGCAUGUUUCCUGUUCGGCAGGGUAGGAAGUGUUCUGAUUGGCCCACUAGCCGACGUUGCCCGUGUUACGCAUAGCAGUGUCCCGUAUCUUGUGCCUGGAAUCCUGAACGUCAUCAGCGGUGUGCUUGCGAUGAGGCUCACAGAAACUCGACAGUUGCGCGUCGUUAACAGUGUCGGCGAACUCGAGAAGCAGAUGGAAAGGAUGAGACUGCUGGAGCUGUCGACAGACCCAAUUAGAGGAAAACGUCGCAGGUGGAGGAAAUGAUUGCCUUGACCUGUAUCCUUUCUAUUUCGAUAAAACAGAUGUCAAUUAACUGAAUAAAUACGAAUUUCAAUAGUA